AUGGAGAAGAUGAAAAUAGAAGAGGUUCAAUCUACCACCAAGAAGCAGCGCGUUGCCACACAUACACAUAUUAAAGGCCUAGGACUCGAGGCCAAUGGAAGAGCACUGCCCUUUGCUGCCGGCUUUGUGGGACAGGCAGAGGCAAGAGAAGCAGCAGGUCUUGUGGUUGAUAUGAUUCGGCAAAAGAAGAUGGCUGGCCGGGCACUUUUACUGGCUGGACCUCCUGGAACUGGAAAGACUGCACUAGCCCUUGGAAUAAGUCAGGAGCUUGGGAGCAAGGUUCCAUUCUGCCCUAUGGUUGGAUCAGAAGUGUAUUCAUCAGAAGUCAAGAAGACAGAGGUUCUGAUGGAAAAUUUCCGACGGGCUAUUGGCUUGCGAAUCAAGGAAAACAAGGAAGUAUACGAAGGAGAGGUAACGGAGCUCUCACCUGAAGAAUCAGAGAGUUUAACAGGCGGCUAUGGUAAAGCAAUUAGUCAUGUCAUCAUUGGAUUGAAAACAGUAAAAGGAACCAAGCAACUGAAGUUGGAUCCCACCAUAUAUGAUGCCUUGAUUAAGGAGAAGGUGGCUGUUGGGGAUGUUAUAUACAUUGAAGCAAAUAGUGGAGCAGUGAAAAGGGUGGGUAGAAGUGAUGCUUUUGCAACAGAAUUUGACCUUGAAGCAGAGGAGUAUGUCCCACUUCCAAAGGGCGAGGUUCACAAAAAGAAGGAGAUUGUUCAGGAUGUAACACUGCAUGAUCUGGAUGCUGCCAAUGCACGGCCUCAGGGUGGCCAGGAUAUUCUGUCUCUAAUGGGCCAGAUGAUGAAACCCAGGAAAACUGAAAUCACUGAUAAGUUGAGACAAGAAAUUAACAAGGUCGUCAACCGUUAUAUCGAUGAAGGAGUAGCUGAGCUUGUACCUGGAGUUCUAUUUAUUGAUGAGGUGCAUAUGCUAGAUAUGGAGUGUUUUUCAUAUUUGAAUCGUGCUUUAGAGAGUUCCUUAUCUCCAAUAGUAAUCUUUGCUACUAAUAGAGGAAUAUGCAGUGUAAGAGGCACGGAUAUGACUAGUCCUCAUGGCAUACCUGUUGACCUUUUGGAUCGGUUGGUGAUAAUUCGGACACAAACCUAUGGUCCUGCUGAAAUGAUACAGAUUCUAGCUAUCCGUGCUCAAGUAGAGGAGCUGGGUGUGGAUGAGGAAAGUUUAGCUUACCUUGGGGAAAUUGGACAAAGGACAUCUUUAAGACACGCAGUUCAGCUUUUAUCCCCCGCCAGCAUUGUAGCCAAAAUGAAUGGUCGAGACAAUAUCUGCAAGGCGGAUCUUGAGGAGGUUUGCUCAUUAUAUUUGGAUGCUAAAUCAUCGGCCAGGCUCCUUCAAGAGCAGCAGGAAAAAUACAUCUCGUGAGAGAAUGUCUGUCGGAUAUUGGAGCAUCUCAUUAAGCGUGCUGCAUUCUAACAUGGGCGAAGUGGCCAAUAUAUAUUAAAGAAUUCAUGAUUUUGGGUCUUAUGUUCAUCACUCGACUUUGUUGGCCACCUAUUCUUGCUCUUGAUUACUGAACCUUAAUGGCAACUUUAUAUGUAUUCUGUGAUAUGUUUUCCUCACACAUUUCCGUUUUUCUUUUGCGCAAUUUUUAGUUCAGUUCGAGCUUUGGUGCUA